AUGGUGAACAUUCCCAAGACUCGUAAGACUUACUGUCCUGGUAAGAACUGCCACAAGCACACCUUACACAGAGUCACUCAAUACAAGAAGGGUCCCGACUCUAAGGUUGCUCAAGGUAAGCGUCGUUAUGACCGCAAGCAAAGUGGUUUCGGUGGUCAAACCAAGCCCGUCUUUCACAGAAAGGCCAAGGUUACCAAGAAGGUUGUCCUUCGUUUGGAAUGUGUUGCUUGCAAGUACAAGAACCAAAUCAGCUUGAAGCGUUGCAAGCACUUUGAGCUUGGUGGUGAGAAGAAGACCAAGGGUGCUGCUAUCCAAUUCUAA